UGAAUGCGAAAGUGAAGUUUUGGAAGAGGUUUUUCCCCCCAUUUUCCGUACCCCUGGCCACGAGGAUGCGCCCGGCAGCGAGACUCCGCGUAUUACGUUAACAACAAUCGAUCGAGAAGCAGCAACGACUGCGCUUGUGUGUGUGUGUCUCUGUGUCUGUGUGUGUUGCAUUGUAGGGUGCGUGGGUUGCGGUCUCCACGUGGUGGGUUUGACGGUGGAUUAUACAUUAGUUCCACAUUGCCGCCGUUUGCUGCCCAGCCACAAAAGAAGCGAAACGCGAAAAUGUUUGAAUCGAUAGCGGAACGACGGUUGCUAGCAUGCCACCGGCAGUUGCUAAUGGGUUGCAGCUUGCUGUUACUGAUGCUGGUGGCCGCGAACGGGGCCCAGGCUGGUCCAACGCCCCAGCAGGAGCAGGAUAUACUGUUGCUCGAUGCGCUCGGCAAGCGGCAAACGUUCAACAGCGAAGAUUUCGGACAAAACUCCAUCAUCGAGCUGUUGGGACGAAUGAUUCCCCAGACAUGCCGGCACAAGGGACGCAAGUUCGAGUGUGGCCUAUCGCUCUCGUGCGUCCUCGGUGGCGGUAAACCGUUGGAUCUCUGCUCCGGUGGGAUGAUCUGGUCGUGCUGCAUCGAUCGCGAGUUUGCACCGGAAAGUGAUCCGGAGCAGGGUGCCGUACACAAUGCGAGUUGUGGAGAGCUGUACACCAGGACGAACCGUAUUGUUGGUGGACACUCCAGUGGAUUCGGAACACAUCCUUGGCAGGCGGCACUCAUCAAGAGCGGGUUCCUCACGAAGAAGCUUAGCUGCGGUGGUGCCCUCAUCUCGAACCGUUGGGUAGUGACGGCGGCUCACUGUGUUGCGACCACACCGAACAGCAACCUAAAGGUACGCCUCGGAGAAUGGGAUGUACGGGAUCAGGAGGAACGGUUAACUCACGAGGAGUACGCGAUCGAACGGAAGGAGGUCCAUCCGAACUACUCACCGAGUGACUUCCGGAACGAUAUUGCGCUGGUGAAACUGGAUCGGAAAGUCGUGUUCCGGCAGCACAUUCUGCCCGUCUGUUUGCCACCGAAAAGCGUCAAGCUGGUGGGCAAAAUGGCAACCGUUGCUGGCUGGGGACGAACCCGGCAUGGGCAGAGUACGGUCCCUUCCGUACUACAGGAAGUGGACGUUGAGGUGAUACCCAACGAGCGGUGUCAGCGGUGGUUCCGGGCAGCAGGACGAAGAGAGACGAUACAUGAUGUUUUUUUAUGCGCUGGCUAUAAGGAGGGGGGAAGAGACAGCUGCCAGGGAGACUCGGGAGGACCGCUAACGCUCUCGAUCGAUGGACGCAAAACGUUGAUCGGGCUCGUCUCGUGGGGUAUCGGAUGUGGCCGGGAACAUCUGCCCGGGGUGUACACGAAUAUCCAGAAGUUCGUCCCGUGGGUCGAGAAGGUGAUGGGCAAGGAAUACUAGACUGCAGCUCUCGGGAACUCCUUCAAGGCCAAGCGGCGAUACGAUACAGCAACGAAUAGGCCACUGGUCAGUGGCCAGUUGGAAUUUUGGAAUUUAGUAUUCCAAGAGCAGACGAGGAGGAGAAGGAGGAGGAAUGUAGAAGCAUAAGAUGAUAUUACUAUAAGGUACUAGGAGCUAAGAAGGAAGCGAUGAAUAGUAAUUUAUUGGUAAAUUAUUUUCAAUUUCCCUGCAACAACCACACGGAGUGCUAGUUGUUGAUGCUUGAUGCUUAAUGAUGAAUGAUGAA